GACCUUUGAGGAGCAUCGUUGCGCUAUUUUGCUCUAAAGAUCACUUAUAUAAGGACAAGCGUUAUUUACUUCACACGUCAGUGAGCGUGCUACAGGUUUAUGAUUUAUGACAUGACACAAGCUGUAAAUUAUGAGAGGAACUGUACGACAAACAUCCUCUGAUUCGUUAUCUGACGUCUGGAUCAUAUGAGAUGAGCUGCACAUGGACAUGCUGGUGGGAGAUUGAUUUGACAAUUGCGCUGCAUCCUCUUCAGGCUAUGAUUCAUUUUGGGAAUAUCUGACAUGGCCAGGAUACUAUCUGUCCUCGUGAAAAUCAUGCUUUUCAAUAUUCUGUCAUUGAUUGUCUUACAAGGUGUCUUCGAUGCCUUGGUGUUAUCCGAGGUCAACCCCGGAGGGCUCCCAGAGUCCAGCAGGGUGUCUGAAGCAACAGAGGCAAAGUCCAGAACCAAGCGCUGCACUUGUUAUUCCUACAAGGAUAAAGAGUGCGUCUACUACUGCCACUUGGAUAUAAUCUGGAUCAACACUCCCGAACACACUGUGCCCUAUGGAAUGUCGAGCUACAGAGGAUCUCAGCGAGUUAGACGUGCUGUUGGUGAACAAGCAACUGAACGUGAGGAGGCAAAGACUCAGCGCUGCAUUUGUGCCAUGCUUGACACAGACCCUGAGUGCCAUGAUUUUUGUCUGUCAAGCCCCCUGCAGACAGUGCCCAUCAGGAAUCUCCACAGAGUCCCUGGUCCUGGAUGAAAAUUUGAAGCUUCUCCAUCUUCUGCUCUUCUCCUCGGGAGAAUGGACCCUUCCCUCUUCUUCGACCCCUUCUCUCUCCAUUUGGCACUCUUGCCUCCGCAGGUAUACUCACAUUCAAGAAAAGAGUUUUGGAGUUUGACACUGCCGACAUUCCUCUGCAUCAAUAACUCUUGGAGCAAGUUCCAUCAGGCCGUGUGGUUUCAAGAACUCUUCAGCAAAUUCGAUACAGAUCCCUGGAGGCUAUCCCCUUUUUGUUCCCCCUUGAACACAACAUGGGGAUUAUUUUCAUCAUGAUAUAAUAGCCAGUGACCUUGUGUCUGUCAAGCUUGAUCAGACCAACCGUUUCUACUUUACACCUACUAACCCAGUGGACUACAUUCGAUUCUCUCUUUCAAAACUAUGAGAUCAACUUAUUUAAAUCUUUCAGGGACAACAACAACAUAGACAACAAAGUGUCACAAGGAGCAAUGGAAAGUAGUCGCAAGGCAUGACACUGUCAUAUAACGACUUCAAAAUAUUGAAACAUGCAAACAAAAAAAGUGGGAGAAGCUUUUUUCCACCUGUGUUACAGGGCAUAUUGUUGAACUUUGAUUUAUGAGACUAUUUACAGUCGGUAUGGAAAGCAUUCACACCCUGACAGUUGGCAUAUUUUGUUCAUAUCACGUCUUUCAGCAAUAAGAUAUCAAUCUAUCACCAAACUAUUUGGUAUAUUUGUUUGUUCUUUUACCUCACUAUGCUUGGCUAACAUGCUGUAAUCUGUAGGAACUGUAUGACCGCUAUAGCUGCAGUGAAUUUAUUCAGCCAUCCAUCAUCGCUUUUACCCCAGAUGAGGCCAAAUACUCGGUAGUUCCAUGUUUCAGUGUAGCUAUUAACAACACAUGGAGGCAUCAGUUGCUGUAGUUGCCAGUAAUUAACAAACAAGGGAACUAUAGUUUAAAUCAAUCCCACAUGCAUGGUCCUUUUGCCACACAUACUCACUAUUCAGUGAGUUCUUUUAUUCAGUGAGUCUUUGGCGUAAAGAAAAAAUUAAAUCAUGCAAAUGUUGCCUAAGAACUAAAUGGACUGUGGUUUAAGUGUGUUGAAUUUCAUGAAGCUAUACCACUAAUAGAGUUAAAAAUUAUAAAAUAAUAAGCAUUGCUCCACCAUAGUUGGAUGAUUGUAUUCCAUGUUUCUGUUUCUUUCCAUGUGCUCUCCCACUGACCAAUAAUUGAACCCUUCCAGUUGCUCUCUCUUGGACCACCCCUAUUAGGUAUUUAACUUAUUUACCAAAUUUAAAUGUUUCCGUAUAUAAUUGACCACCUAUAGCAUAAAUAGUUCUCCUGUCACUCGCAUACAUAAGUCAGGCAGAACUGUUACUCAUGAAACCAAAUUGUUUGGUAAAAUUUUGUGGUCUACUCUAGAAAACAAAACAAAACAAAACAAUGAAGAACAGUAUGUGAACAAGUAUUCCUCGGUGCCUGUUGGUUUGCGGGCCAUGUGGUUACAGUACAUGGGGAGCACUCAUGAAAAUGGAGUUUAAUUUGAGGAGACAUUUCACUCAGUUUGGCACAAAGUUCCUGUGUAUUACAGUUUAUAAAAUUUAUAACAAUUUUCCCAAUUUCUUACCAAGAAUGCAUCACCACUUCGGUUGUGGCUAAGGGGUUUAAUAAAAGUACCGUAAACAGGAUUUAAGCUGGCUCAAAGUGGGUGGUGAACUGGUCAACAUUUCAAAUCAAAUCAACAGUGACUUUUCACAAACUGUAUUAUGUCACAUUGUAUACAAGAUAUGUAUUUGUUUAAUAUUUUUUGUUUAUAUGAA